CUUGCUAUCUUUUUUUAGUCACAAUUCAUGACUCCCAAUAGCAUUCAAUAACAGGUGAAUUUAUAGAAAAUCAAUAGAUAUUUCAAGUGUAAUACUUUAACAUUGUAAAUAUUUUGCUUGUUACUAGAGAUGUGUAUUGAAUGGAAAGUCACGCCAUGAGAAAAGGGGAAAUAACUCUAGUGUAACUGGACAUUUUUUUUAAUGUCGUCUGAUUAGCGGGAUUAACUGGAUUUUAACUACAUUUAGUUCAGGUUGUCCGUUCCAUAAUGUCAGACAAGUUCAAGAACCAGAAAUUUGGAUCUAUCAAAAGCGCGUGCUUGAAGAAAGGAGAACUAUGGGAAGAUCCAGAAUUUCCCGCCAAUAAUAAAUCGUUAUUCUUCAGUAAGGUAGACAGUGAGAUUGAAUGGAAAAGACCGAGUGAAUUGUGCAAAGUUCCAAAACUUGUGAUAGAAGGAGUUAGUUGUGAUGAUUUAGUUCAAGGAGAAUUAGGAAACACGUGGUUUGUAACAGCAUGUGCAAGUUUAGUAUUACAGAAGAAAAUGUUUGAAAAGGUUGUGCCAAAUCUCAAAGAACAGGAAUGGGACGAGUAUUCAGAAAAACCUAAAUAUGCCGGUGUGUUCCAUUUCUCGUUUUGGAGAUUCGGACAGUGGAUUGAUAUAGUGGUAGACGAUAGAUUACCCACAAAGAACGGCAAAUUAGUGUUCUGUCACUCGAAGUCUCGGAACGAAUUCUGGAGUGCUUUAUUAGAAAAAGCUUAUGCAAAACUUUAUGGAGAUUAUGAAUCAUUAACAGAAGGAGACACAGCUGAUGCUCUUGUAGAUUUCACGGGAGGCGUAGCCGAGAAAUUAGUACUGAUGAAUAUAAAUCUACAGGAUGAUCAGAUGAAAAUGGCAUUGUUUAGAAAAUUGCGAGACGCUAGCGAGAACCAGGCACUUAUAAACUGUAAUAUUCGGUGUAAACCCGAAGAAACUGGUAAGGAACUACCACAAGGUUUAAUACUUGGUCACGGCUACAAUAUUACAAAAGUAGCAGAAAUAAAUGUAGACAAGAAAUACCAGGGCGCUAUAGGUGCGUCCAAACUUCUCAUGGUCAGAAUGGCUAACCCAUGGGGUGUUAAAGAAUGGAAUGGACCAUGGGCUGAUGGGUCAGCUGAGUGGAACAAAAUCGGACAAACAGAAUGGACAAAACUGGGACUAAAAUUUCAACAGGAAGGCGAAUUUUGGAUGGCUUUUGACGAUUUUGUAAGUUACCUAACGAACGUUGAUGUCUGUCAUUUUGUGAACACUGCAAUAAUAAGUCUAAAAAAAUCAUGGAAUGAAAGUAUUUUGCAUUCCGAAUGGUCGGUGCAAGGACGUAAUGGUGGAUGUGUUUACGAUUCACCUACAUUCCUUAGCAAUCCACAGUACGUGUUUGACAUAAUACAAGAAGAAGACACAGUACUUGUUUCCUUGGAACAACAUGAUAUUCAACCUGGGAGACAACAUUUUGGACGAACUCUGAACACAAUUGGUUAUAGAAUAAUGAAGGUUGAGGAGAACAGACUAUACAGAAUGCACAUUCCAGGUGAACACAUUUUAUCAUCUGACAUGGUGAAAGGAAGGAGUAUUUUUGGUACAAGCAAAUUAUUUAAAGGGAGAUAUGUCAUUGUCCCAUGCACAGAAAAGACAGGAGAACAUGGACCAUUUAUGUUGAGAUUGUACACAAGCAGUAAGGCUAGUGGAAGGGAAUUGACAAAAGAAGGACCAACAAAGACAUGUCCUUGUUCCAAACUACCAUUGAUAGUUACAACCUUGACAGUCAACAAAUUAGAAGGAGUCACAAAACCUGCAGGAUCAAAGGUUAAAACCUUCGAUCCAAAAGUAGUGGUACGCUGUGAAGGAGAGAAGGUAGUAUCUAGAGUGGUAAAGGAAGACCAAGGAGGUAAACGUGUUAACACAGCAGACGCAGAGUUCGACUUUAAAGUUACAUUUUACCGUAAAAAGCCAGAUGAGCCGAUUAUUAUUGAGAUUAUUAAUAGUAACAGCUUUGUUGACGACUUUUGUUCUGAAGCACGAGUUGCCGAACAUGGCGGAGAAGACGGAAAAGACGUAAAAUGUCCAGUUUAUGGAAAAGGGAAAGAAAAGGAUAUGGAAAGACCAGGAAAUGUCCACGUCUUUGUAAAAUCAAGUCAUGAUCUUCAAUUUCUGUGAAGUUUAUCUUACUUUAUCACAUCAAGUAUUAUCAAAAUGUACUUACCUCGAAGGCAUUUUCAUUUAAACAAUUUACAUUGCGUUUAAAAAUAUCAUUGAAAGUGAAUAAUUUGUUUAAAGAUCCAUGCAUGUAGCUGUUAUUUUCUUCUUCGCCACUAGUAUUGAUUUUUACUAGAAAGAGAUUGAAUACUUAAUAUUUCAUGUUUCUAGCUUAAAUAAGAUAUAUUGGUUAUUCGCAGAUUAGGCCGUACUUUUUGUAGAAGUCAUUGGUCGUUGUUUGUGUUUGAAAACGAUGCGCUGCAUUAUAUUAUUGACAAAAGAUGUUUGUGCAUGCAGUAUCAGUUUAGCGGUAUAUAACAAUCUUAUGAUGAUUUAGAAUAAGAUUAUUACAUUGCAAUGGUAUAUUUAAAUGCAAUGUAAAUAGCAACUACAUACACAUACAUUAUAUAGUAGUACCAUUUGCAUGAAAGAUUUUUAGUGAAGGUUUUUGAAUGAACUUGAUUUCCCUUUUUUUCAAUCUUUGUAAAGUUAAUAAGAUUUGAAUCUCCAACAUUCGAUUGAAAAUUUGUUAUGAUAAACAUACUUUAUUGUUUUUUUUUUUUGUUUUUUUUAUUAUAGGCGUAUCUUUAUCGUGCAUAUCAACAUACUGUUCUUUUAACUCGACACUUCAUCUAGACAAAUUUUUGUCAACCCAAUAUGAAAUAAUAAUGACUCAUACACAAUUGACCAUCUUCAAAUCUUUUGGAGACAGCCUUGAAGUAUUUUAUGAUGGAUUUCUUUAUUCUGUAAUAUUUUAACAAAGCAUAUCUGUGAUAAUUGUUAUAUGUCUUAUUCUUUUAUUUUAAUCACGUGAUAAAUAUAUAUGAAGUAUGUUAUUUUGAUUUUUCACAUUUGUUAAUCUAUCUUUAUUAGCAAGUAUGUGGAAGGUGACGCUUUAAAUCGGUCAAUUUCAAUAAAAGAAACCGUCGCUAAAAGAAGUCAUAAUCAUUGGUCAAGUUUUCAGAUUAUUUUUUUUAUGGGGGUGGGGGUAAACUGUAUACUCAGUUGACACAGUCAGACUACUUGAAGAAAUUGUUGAUUGAUUUUCACAUUUUCUUCUUAACCCUAAACAUAUAUUGAACAAAGCAGAUCUGUGAUAAAUAUUCUGUCUCAUCUUUAAGUUUCAAUCACGAUUUUGUGAUAUUAUUAAUAAGAUUUAUACAUGUAUAUAUGGUUAAGUAUGAGUUGUACGCCGAAAACAUACAGGAGAAGAAUGAUUUAUAAAUGAUUGGAGUUACAUAGUUAUUUCUUUAUAUAGAUCUUGUAAUGAAACAAUAUGCACCAUUGUAAAACGUUGUGAUACAUUAUGUGAUUCCAUGUACAUGUAGUUUUUUUAUAGUUAUUUUUAAGUUAUUGAAAGAUAUUUGACUAUAUUAACAAUGUAACUGUUAGAAAAAAGUUUUGUUUCUUGCUGAAAUCCUUUCAAGAGAAUAGUUGUCGACUACAGCAUUUAAGCUGGCUAUACACUACCAUAUGUUUAUGUUGUAGUGAACUUAUUGUUCACCAAAACAAAUGCAACAUUCAAUUUAAAAUUGGGUAAAGGAUGUCAUUUUGUUUCGCAACAUAACAUGUUGUUAAGCAUGAACUUCUAUCACAAUCGAAAGACACAAUAGAUUUCUUUAUAUUUCUUUAUAUCUAUCGUCUUUCACUUUUUCAUGUGGCUUGAGCGAGGUUACUGCAAUGAAAGCCUUAGUUUUCUCUGUGAACCAUAUCCGUCCAUUUUGAUUUUUAUCUUUUUAAAAAAAUGUUAUUGUAUAUGAAAUUGUUUGUUGAAAUAUAUAUAUAGUUUAUUUAUUUUGUUUUAAUUCUUUGAAAAAGAAUAGUUAUUUGUACAUACUUUAUUGAAUAAUAGUAAGUCUAUUCGUGAUAAGUGGGUUUUUUUUGUCGAAAACAUGUACUACACUUGGCUUCCUGCUACCAUUAUCAACACAGAUUUUGAUGAAAGAAUUUGACUAAAUUAAUAUUGGGGUCUAUAUCACUAUUAUACUUCAUUGGUUGAUAAUAAUAGAAAAACAAAUAGUAAAUUUUGUUUACUAUAAGCAAAAGUUGCAAUUGCUUUUCGACAAUCAUUUCAUUGUUUCAAAAUCUAAUACAUUCUGUUUUCAAUGGCGAACAUGAAAACAUCGUCAUAAUUAACUUAUAAUUGAUAAAUAGCAAGAGUUUAUUUUAUUUUGAUAAGCAAACAACAAAAUUACCCAUAAAUCACCACACUCUUAUACUUAUUUAACUAUUGAGAUUUUCCGUAUUGCAGUCAAAAGAUUGAGGCAAAUCUUCAAUGAUAAAUUUGUUUUUGUCAUGUGUUUAAUACUAUAUACUUUAUACUGUGUCUUUGAUCAUUUCUAUUUUGUUUUCUGAAUAAAACUUUCUUAUUAAA